UCCCCUGUUCAUCUUAUGAAACGGUCGUAGAAUUCUUUCGAAUUAUGAUCUAUUAUACCUAUUCGGACAUCAUCGAGUGCAGUGACUCACCUAGAGAAUAGCAGUGCAACUAUUGGCUGGCCGAAGCAACAAUGGCAUCCACCCCCAGAAGGCAGCCCCUGCUGCCCAGGACGUAGAGAAGCUCAAGACACUCUAUACAUCUCUGUUCCCGUCGUGGGAACGGAAACCAGCGCAUGGCGGAGCAACUGAGGAUGGAACUCAGAUGCAGCAUUCCAAAUUCUCUGACCUUAAAGGACUUGCCGGUGCAAUCGUCAAAAUGUCUCAGGACGGGCCGGGAAUAGAGCAGGGGGCUCAAGGGGUGACUGUCUAUUAUAUUGUCGAUUCUCUUGAAUUGAUGGAGAAAAGGGUAAACGAGCUAGGUGGAUGCGUCAUUCAGGCGAAGACGACUGAGAGUGCGUAUGGUUUCGCUUAUGAAGUUUCAGCGAUCCGGAGGGGAACAAGUUUGGUUGUUAUGAGGUGCGCUGUUAACGUUGAUGCCUAGAGAAGUCUACAAUUGAG